CACCAGAAGAGGAAGGUCGGCGAAAAGGAAAAGCAGCGUUGCCUUUCGGCCAUUAAUUACCGAGCCCCCCAAAUAUCGCAUCGCGAUCUCCCACACACAUGCACAGCGUUCCAAACCUGGGUUUCAGGCGGCGCUUUCCGGAGCCUCGCUCUCUAUUGUCAGGACGCAGAAGCCCCCGAAACCUGUGCACCGAGCUGAAAGGGCUUCCUCGGAAACCGCUAAAUAUAGACCAAAGGGGCUCCGGGGCUGGCAAGCAGCGGGGGACUGGAGAAACGGCCAUGGACGCAUAUGACUAAGCAGAGCCGUCUCCCGAACGGGGACCGGGCGCGAUCGCGGUCCUCCCCCGGCUGGCAGGACCGCGCAGCAGUCGCCGCCGCCAGCCGGCCGGGAGCGGAGGACCAGCCCCCCCACCGGCGGCGAGGAGGAGGAGGAGGAGGAGGAGGACGAGGAGGAGGACGGCGAGGAGGAGGAUGCGCCCGGCCCCGGCAGCCCAGCGAAAAGCAACUCACCCAACGGCGCGGCGCCCGACUGCUUCCUGGAGAACAUGCACCCGCCACCGGCGACGGCUCCUCGGUCCGGGAAAAGGCGUGCGCGCCGCCGCCCGGCUUCAGGGCAAGGUCCUGACCUUGCCCAACUGCAGCAUCGUCCGCUUUUGUUGUCUGAGCGCGGCCGCGGGACAGGCGAGGCUGGCGGGGAGCAGGGGCGAGCGCCGCGGGGG